UUUUCCUUCACCAUAGCUGCUUUUCUUAGGAAAUAUGCCUCUCUUUAUUAACCGGGACCAAAUAUUUGCCCAUCAGGUACACCUGCUGGAGCACAAACUGAGGAGCAAAGAGGAACGAAUACUGGAGCUGGAAACGGAGAAUGCUAUUCUUCAUUUAAGACUUGCAGAGUGUCUGGGGAAACUCCGUCGGGACCAGGAAGAAGACACCAAGGAUGGGACUAAAGCCCUGAACCAUCAUCAACAUGAGGGCAGCGCACAGAAGAUUACCCGGUCAGCCCUCGCCAAGCUCCUCCCUGAGGUCCAGGCUGUGAAGCAGGACCUGAGUGAAGUCUUUGCAGUGUAUUUGAGUUUUGCCACUGAGCUGGAGGAGCAGAGCAAGCAGCUGCUGGAAAAAGUAGAGCAAGCCGGCCGUUCCCUAAAUGGUCACCGUGGAGACGAGGUUGAGAACUUGCAAGCCCAGGUCGAAGCUUUGCAGCGCUCUCUGGAGGAGGAGAAGGAGAGGUGCAGGGCGGAGAGGCAGAGGAGGAAAGAACUCCAUAACACACUGGUGGAGUUGAGAGGGAACAUCAGGGUUCACUGCAGGGUACGACCAGUGCUACCCUUUGACCACGUCCAGUCCUCCACCUCUGGAUCUGGGUAG